GGAGCCGCUGGAUCCUCGCCCGCAGACUCUGCACCGCCGCCCGGGGAGUCCAGGCCGUGCGCCCUACGGCGGACAAGACCGGCCCUCGCCGGCCACCAAGCGCACCCGCCCCGAGCCGCCCUCCAGGGCGCAGCCAGCCGCAGCAUGCGCCGGAAAACACUAGAGAUUUACUCUGUGGAACUCGAUGGAACCAAAGACACCAAGCAGUUGGGCCAGGAGGAGGGCAAGAAGUGCAACGAGCUGGAUCUCAAAAAGAGUUCUCAGAAAGAGGAGCUGAAGAAGGAGCUUGACCUGGACGAUCACAAACUCACCAGUGAGGAACUGGAGCAGAAAUAUGGCACAAACAUCAUCAGAGGUCUCUCCAGCACUAGAGCUGCUGAGCUCCUGGCUCGGGAUGGGCCCAAUGCACUCAGCCCUCCAAAGCAGACUCCAGAGAUUAUCAAGUUCCUCAAGCAGAUGAUUGGGGGCUUCUCCAUCCUUCUGUGGGUAGGCGCCAUCUUGUGCUGGAUUGCAUAUGGGAUUCAGUAUGCCAGCAAUCAAUCUGGAUCCCUUGACAAUGUGUACUUGGGUGUGGUACUUGCCUUGGUUGUGAUUCUAACAGGGAUCUUUGCUUAUUAUCAAGAGGCCAAAAGUACCAACAUUAUGUCCAGCUUCAGUAAGAUGAUUCCCCAGGAAGCUCUUGUCACUCGUGACGCAGAAAAGAAGGUUAUCCCUGCAGAGCAGCUGGUGGUGGGGGACAUAGUGGAGAUUAAAGGAGGAGACCAGAUCCCUGCGGACAUCAGGCUGCUAUUUUCCCAGGGAUGCAAGGUGGAUAAUUCCUCUCUCACUGGGGAAUCUGAGCCCCAGCCUCGCUCAGCUGAGUUUACCCAUGAAAAUCCCCUGGAAACAAAGAACAUUGCCUUCUACUCCACCACCUGUCUGGAAGGCACUGCAACCGGCAUGGUCAUCAACACGGGUGACCGCACCAUCAUUGGACGCAUAGCUUCCUUGGCCUCAGGGGUUGGAAAUGAGAAGACCCCCAUUGCCACUGAGAUUGAGCACUUUGUCCACAUUGUAGCAGGAGUGGCUGUCUCCAUAGGCAUCCUUUUCUUCAUCAUCGCGGUGUCCUUGAAGUACCGUGUUCUGGACUCCAUCAUCUUCCUCAUUGGCAUCAUUGUGGCAAACGUGCCCGAGGGCCUCUUGGCCACUGUCACUGUGACCCUGUCACUGACAGCGAAGAGGAUGGCCAAGAAGAACUGCCUGGUGAAGAACCUGGAGGCAGUGGAGACGCUAGGCUCCACCUCUGUCAUCUGCUCAGACAAGACUGGGACGCUGACCCAGAACAGGAUGACCGUGGCACAUCUGUGGUUCGACAGUCAGAUCUUCACGGCCGAUACGAGUGAAAGCCAAUCAAACCAAGCCUUUGACCAAAGCUCUGGAACCUGGGCCUCCUUAUCCAAGAUAAUAGCACUGUGUAACAGAGCCGAGUUCAGGCCAGGACAGGAAAAUGUCCCCAUUAUGAAGAGAGUUGUGGUUGGCGAUGCUUCAGAAACUGCUCUUUUGAAAUUCUCUGAGGUCAUUUUGGGUGAUGUAAUGGAAAUAAGAAAAAGAAACCGAAAAGUAGCUGAAAUUCCUUUUAACUCUACUAACAAAUUUCAGCUGUCCAUACAUGAGACAGAAGACCCUGGAGACCCGCGUUUCCUCAUGGUGAUGAAGGGGGCGCCAGAGAGGAUCUUAGAGAAGUGCAGCACCAUCAUGAUCAAUGGCCAAGAGCAGCCACUGGACAAGAACAAUGCCAAUGCCUUCCACACAGCUUACAUGGAGCUGGGCGGCAUGGGCGAGCGCGUGUUAGGUUUCUGUCAUCUCUACCUGCCAGCACAUGAGUUUCCAGAGAACUACUCAUUUGAUGUAGACACCAUGAACUUUCCCACUUCUAACCUCUGCUUCGUGGGACUUCUGUCCAUGAUCGAUCCUCCUCGGUCCACUGUGCCAGAUGCCGUUGCCAAAUGCCGGAGUGCAGGGAUCAAGGUCAUUAUGGUUACAGGAGAUCAUCCCAUCACAGCCAAAGCUAUCGCCAAGAGCGUGGGAAUCAUUUCAGCUAACAGCGAGACAGUGGAAGACAUUGCCAAACGCUGCAACAUUGCUGUGGAGCAAGUUAACAAACAGGAUGCUAGAGCCGCUGUGGUAACUGGAAUGGAGCUGAAGGACAUGACCCCAGAACAGCUGGAUGAGAUCUUAGCCAACUACCCAGAAAUUGUCUUUGCCCGGACAUCACCGCAGCAGAAACUGAUCAUUGUGGAGGGCUGUCAGAGGCAGAAUGCAGUUGUUGCAGUGACAGGGGAUGGCGUGAAUGACUCUCCGGCCCUAAAGAAGGCAGACAUUGGGAUUGCCAUGGGGAUAGCAGGUUCUGAUGCUGCUAAAAAUGCAGCUGACAUGGUCUUGCUGGAUGACAAUUUUGCAUCUAUUGUCACAGGAGUAGAAGAAGGUCGCCUGAUCUUUGACAACCUAAAGAAGACCAUUGCAUACACCUUGACCAAGAACAUUGCUGAACUUUGCCCCUUCUUGGUCUACAUAAUUGUCGGGCUCCCCUUGCCCAUUGGCACCAUUACCAUCCUGUUCAUUGACCUGGGCACAGAUAUAAUUCCCUCCAUCGCCUUGGCAUAUGAGAAGGUUGAAAGUGACAUUAUGAACAGGAAGCCACGCCACAAGAAAAAGGACAGGCUAGUGAACCACCAGCUUGCCAUCUACUCUUACCUGCAUAUUGGCCUCAUGCAGGCCCUGGGAGCUUUCCUCGUGUAUUUCACUGUCUACGCACAGCAGGGCUUUUGGCCCACUUCUCUCAUUCAACUGCGGGUAAAAUGGGAACAGGACUACGUGAAUGACUUGGAAGACAGUUAUGGUCAGCAAUGGACAAGGUACCAGAGGAAAUACCUUGAGUGGACAGGCUACACAGCCUUCUUUGUUGGCAUCAUGGUUCAGCAGAUAGCAGAUCUGAUCAUCAGGAAAACCCGGAGGAAUUCCAUCUUCCAGCAGGGUCUGUUCAGAAAUAAAGUUAUCUGGGUGGGGAUCACCUCACAGAUCAUCGUUGCCCUGAUUCUCUCCUGUGGCCUUGGGAGCAUCACAGCCCUGAAUUUCACCAUGCUCAGGGUUCAGUACUGGUUUGUGGCUGUCCCACAUGCCAUCUUGAUUUGGGUGUAUGAUGAAGUACGAAAACUCUUCCUCAGGCUCUACCCUGGGAGUUGGUGGGAUAAAAACAUGUAUUACUGAAACCGUGUCACUCACCGGAAGAUUUCUAUGCAGUGCCAACAUCAUCAAAAGAAAUGCUCAUACAGAAAACUAUAUGAGAGAUGUUUUGUACUUUAAAGCUGAGGUUUGAAUGUUUAUGUAGGAUUUUCAUCUCUUUCUCCAUCUCUUUAUUUUAAAAUAUGUGAACUCUAAAGUAAUGGUAGAGAGACGAAUGUGUUUAUGUGUAUGGAAAGCUCUCUGUGUUAAGUAGUCUUGUGUAACCCAAAUCCCUGCUGUGGUCUUUUUAAACUAAAAUAGAAUUGUUCAGACUUUACUUCCUCACAUGGUAAAGACCCAAUGACCAGCUGAGAUUUCUGUGAAUUGUCCCAAGGACAUAUACGUUCAUUAUCACCUUGUUUUUGGGAGAUUGGUGUACAUCCAAGUAGCAUUGAAACCUUGGCUUCAACUGAGACUUCCUCACUAUGACUUUCCCUGGUCACAUCACAUCAUCCCACUUCCCAUCACCUCCCCAGCACUUUUGUGUCCCCCUUCCCAUGUCACCCUCUACCUUAGCACCAGAGCCUCCAACAGAAAGCUCCGUGUCCCGCUUUUACACCCCAACUCAGAAUUCUCAGCUCAUCCAGAGGGGCUUUCAUUUACCAGGAUCAAACUCAGCAGAAUUAUUGUGGCUCCGAUAGAUGUUGUUGUUGUUGUUGUUACUAUUAUUAUUUUUUCGGUGGUACUGGAUAUUAAACUCAGAUCCUUCACACUGAGCUAUGUCCCUCCCCAUUUUAUUUAAAUUCUGAAACAGUCUUGCUAAAUUGCCCAGGCUGGGCUCCAAUUUGCAAUCCUCCUGCCUCAGCUUCCCAGCUGCUGGGAUUAUAGGUGUGUACCACCACACCCAGCUCAAUACUUAUUGUAAAACAGUUGCCAGCAAUAAUUUUAUGUAAGUAUGUUGUAACUUAGAUGUAUUCAUGUUAACCUCUGAAGAGGUUGCCUUUUUUAAGUAAAGACGUUUUAUAAAAUCA